AUGGAGGUCACUGGCGGGUCCAUUGGCGGGCUCGGUGGCGGGCCCGUCGGCGGGUUCGUCGGUGGGUUCGUCGGCGGGUCAGCUGAUGCGCGCGCUGGCGGGACCGCCGUCGGCGGGCGUGCUGACUCGCGCGCUGGCGGGACUGCCGGCGGAUUCGUCGGCGGGUUAGCUGAUGCGCGCGCUGCGGGUCCGUCGGCGAGUUCGCUGGCGAGCUCGCUGGCGGGCAGAAACCGACGUGACUACGACCUCAGCUCGUGCCGCACAGUGCUGGAUAUCAUGGAGCGCCGCAUCCCUACAAGGCACCACCCUUACAACCCUCCCCCCUCCCCCGGCUGCCCGCAUGUAUACACCACCACACCCACCAGGCGACUACCGCCUCAGCUCGUGCCGCACAGUGCUGCAUGUCAUGGAGUGAUGGUUGCAGGGCAGGGUGCCUCACAGUGCUCAUGUCGCACGGUGCUGGAUAUCAUGGAGCGCCGCAUCCCCUUUGUGCCACGUGGCGGCCUCUCGUUCGUCGACGUGCGGGAUGUGGCCUCUGCUUUCAUAGCUGCCAUGCAGUCCGCAGCUCCUAACACCACGUACCUUCUCGGAGCCGUCAACAUGACCUUAUCCAAUUACUUCCACCUCAUUGCACGUUGCGCUGAUGUGGCGCCGCCAUGGCUGUCCGUGCCGCCACGUGUCGCGUGGGUAUUGGCCGCCACCGCGUCGAAACUCCUGCCUCUGAUUGGCCAGAAGGACCCCUCGCUUGACCCUGUUGUUGUUGAGAUGGCACAGGUCUAUUGGUGA